AUGUCACAGCAAGGAGUUGCAGCAGCCAAUGAGCACUUUGUGAAAGAGGGAAAAGAGGAGAGCUCCAGACUGAGAGAGAGUUCAGGUUCCAUUGAUGAUGCUUUGGGCCCUUUUCCAAACGCGUCAAGUUCGUCGCCUGAAGUAGUCAAGAAAAACUCCAAAGCGUCCACCGGGAAACGUAAAUACCAUCAAAAAUCAAGAUCUGGUUGUUCUACAUGUAAGAAACGUCGUGUGAAAUGUGAUGAACAGAAACCUCUUUGUGGGAAUUGUGUCAAAUUGAAAUUGGAGUGUGGGUAUUUAUACAUGGAUCCAGAUGAAGAUGCACCACCAGUAAAGAAGCCAAAAAUGGUCCAGGCAGAGUCAGAACUAAAGAUGAAGAAGGUGAGAACUAAGAAGGCAAAGAAGACUGCUGUUAAAUCUGAGGGCGAUGACGUGGGAGAUAACUAUUCAGAUGCAACUUCAACUAGAAAUAGCAGUAUUGACCAAAGGUCUUUAGAUGACUUAAAUUCAUCCGCAGCUACACAACAAGCAACUCCGUCAUUAACACCAAGUCCAAACACAACACAGACAAGUGUGAACGGUGCACAACCACCGAUGAACCUGAUGGCAAACACGGGCCAGCUGAUGAAUAAUCCCUUGAAUGCGUUGUCAUCUGGACUACUAAGUGCUGGGAACUUGAAUAAUUUAAACAUUGCCCAUUUGGUCAACAAUUUAGCGGGUAUGGGCAGUGGUGAUGCAGGAAACAAUUUGGGCAAUUUAAUGAAUCUUGGUAACUUGGCAAGUUUAUCAAACUUGGCAACAUUGGCACAGUUGCCUAUUGACUUGAGUAAUUUGGCUGGUUUGUUUGGUGGGAAUGGAGCUCCAGUUGUAGGGGGUGGUGCAACGGGAUCAGGAUCAGGAUCUGGUGCUGGUGCUGGUGCUGGUGCUGGACUAAUUGAUCAAUUAGCUGCCGCAGCAAUGAGUGGUACUAGUGGAUUACCUUUGGACGAAUUGUUGAAUGGGCAACUGCAACAACAACCUCAACAACUACCACGAGAUCAAUUGAACCUGACACAAUCAAACCAGCCACAAUCUCAAUAUCGAUCAAACUCAAGCGAAAAUCGACAGUUUGAACAGUCCCAAGCGCGACCAUUUCAACAACAAGAUAUUGAUGAAAAUGCUAUAGAGGAGACCAUUAAUUUGGGCACUCAAGGUUCAGCAUCUUCACCACAAUUUAAUAUUCCUCCGGAUACGCCGUCAGCAACAAAUCCAGGAACGCUACCUAAUAUUGCCCCAAACCAAACCCUGCUGAUCCCAUCAUCGGUACCAUUGAAUAACCGAACCAUGGCACAAGCUAUGAAUUCAAGCACCUUGAAUAUGUUGGAUUUGAAGCUAAUGUUUCAUUAUACUUCACAGGUUGCCAACACAAUUACUGGUGCCGGUAUUUCUGAAACGAAUAUAUGGAUUCAUGAUAUCCCAAUGUUGGCAUUUGAACAUCCAUUUUUAAUGCAUUCAAUAUUGGCAUUCAGUGCUACUCAUUUAUCACGAACAGAAAAGGGAUUGGAUCAAUGUGUAACUUGUCAUAGAGGUGACGCAUUAAGACUAUUAAGAGAGGCUGUGCUAAAUAUCAAUGCUGAUAAUACUGACGCGUUAGUUGCAAGUGCAUUGAUUCUAAUUAUGGACUCAUUGGCCAAUGCAUCAUUUCCCUCGUCAACUUCCCCCAAAUCUUUACCAGCGUCAGCAUGGAUUUUCCAUGUCAAAGGUGCAGCAACAAUUUUGACUGCAGUAUGGCCAUUAACUGAAGCUUCCAGAUUUUAUAAAUUUAUUAGUGUUGAUUUGGGUGAUUUGGGUGAUAUUAUCAAUCAAAAAGCAAACUUAAAUGCAGGCAAUCCCAAUGGCUCUGCUUCCAGUGGUAGUGGUGAACGCUUCUAUGCUGAUCUUGAAUGCCAUGAUGCUGAUAUUGCUGAUUUGUUCCCUGUCGAAAUUGAUUCCCCUUAUUUGAUUACAUUGGCAUACUUGAAUAAAUUGCAUAAAGAGAGGUACAAGUCGGAUUUUAUAUUACGAAUAUUUGCAUUUCCCGCUUUAUUAGAUAAACAAUUUAUGACAUUAUUGAUGUCGGGAGAUAUCAAAUCAAUGAGAAUAAUGAGAUCAUAUUACAAGUUGUUGCGUUCUUUUACUAUGGAAAUGAAGGAUAAAGUAUGGUUUUUGGAAGGAGUUGCUCAAGUGUUGCCACUGAAUGUUGAAGAAUACGCUGGUGGAGCUGGUGGUAUGCAUAUGAUGAUGGAUUUCUUGGGUGGGGGACCUGACAUUGUUGAUGAUUACGGAAAUGAGUUUGAUAGUGGGGAAGAGCAGGAAGAGUUGAACGGGGUAACUAAUGACAAUAAUGAUGAGAACAAAAGUAGCACGAAUAUUAAUGGUGGUGGUAGUGGUACCACUAAACGAACAAAAAUGAAUUUGAAUGAAAUGACUAAUACGAAUAAUCUACCUAGUGAUAUAACUAGAGAGUUGGAUAUAAUGCAAGGAGAUCAAGGGUUUAUCAACUUGAAAUGA